AUGGCUUCUACUUCUUCCACUCCUCCCAAUCAGUGGAAGAAAUGGGAUGUUUUUAUUAGUUUUAGAGGCGACGAUACGCGUUAUGGUAUUCUCUCCCAUCUCUCUAAAGCCUUGAAGGACAAACAAAUCAAGACUUUUACGGACGAAGAGCUUCAUAAAGGGGAAAUGAUAUCACCAGAGCUCUUGAAAAUAAUUCGAGAAUCAAGCGUCUCAAUAGUCAUUUUUUCUGAAAAUUAUGCAGAUUCUCCAUGGUGUUUGGAUGAGCUUGUUGAAAUACUUAAAUGCAAGGAAGAAUCAGGACAAAUAGUUCUACCAGUUUUUUACAAGGUAGAUCCAACUGCGCGUUCAAAAGCUUACGGGAAUUUUGGGAAGGCAUUUGCUUUUGCUACGCAUGGAGAAAAAGCGGUCCACAAAAGGUCGACAAGCUGA